AUGAAUGAUCAGCUAGAGAGAAGGUGGCUCGAACCCGUGCCGAUGGAAGAUUGUCGUGCUCUGUCGUUCUACAUGCCUCACCACGGGGUCUUCAAGGAUUCUACGACGACAAAGCUGCGCAUUGUUUACAAUGAGUACCCCCUCGCUUCAGAAGCCUUGCUUAAGGCAUUCUAUGUCGAUGAUUGUCUACUGUCCUGUGAGUCGCUUGAUGCAGCCAAGGACACCCAAGCCCAGUUGAUUGAAGUCUUGCAGCGGGGAGGAUUUACCUUAGUCAAGUGGACAAGUAAUAAUCCUGAAUUGACUGAUCCUUCCUCCGAUUCUCCUUCCACUCAAAAUAUUCCUUCAGAACAUUCCAUUACCUCUGCCUUGGGAAUGGCGUGGAAUUCCACCUCCGACAAGUUCCUGUUUUCCUCCCCAAUGGGAUCCCCAGAUGAAAUGAAAACCAAACGUCAUAUGGCAUCCGCCAUUGCGAAGUUGUUUGAUCCCAUUGGUCUUGUCGGACCAGCAAUCAUCGAAGCCAAGCUGAUGUUGCAGAAGCGUCAUGAAUUGAAGAAUCCUUGGGACAAGCCUGUCCCCGAGGACGUGAGAUCCGAAUGGCGAGACUUUACCGAAAGGUUGUUAAACCUGAAUCGACUCGAGAUUCCUCGUUGGAUUUCUGUGUUUCCACAUCCAAUACGAACAGAGAUCCAUGCCUUCAGUGAUGCAAGUCUUCUCACGUACGGAGUGGCUGUUUACGUAGUCACGGUGGAUGCUGAGAACAACAGAUAUAGCAGCCUACUUCUCUCGAAGUCGCGAGUGGCACCGUUGAAAAACAAGUUGACGGUUCCUAAGCUUGAGUUGUGUGGAGCAUUACUGGCCGCCGAGACGAUUCACAAGUUUAAGGACUCCUCCAACCCUGAUGACAUUUACUACUGGUCAGAUUCUACAAUUGUCCUCAGUUGGUUGCGGAGCCCUCCCGAUGAUUACAAAAUCUUCGUGUCGAAACGAGUCAAGAGGAUUCUUGAGCUCUCUAAGCCUGACCAGUGGCAACAUGUUGGAACUAAAAGCAAUCCGGCAGAUAUUAUCUCCCGGGGAGCGAAUCCUUCGAAACUUCUCGACUGUGACCUCUGGUGGAGAGGUCCAGAAUGGUUGUCAGAGCCUAAAGAAGAUUGGUCAGAACCAUUUUAUGGCCUUCGGACAACUUUGGAAACCAAAUGCCUCGUUAUGGUUCCCAAACAGCCACCUUUUGAAGAUCUCUUCACGAAAUAUCAUCGCUUACGAAAAUGCAAAGGAUAG